AUGUUCUCAUCAGUAAUCAAGAGAGUUGCAACCAAUGCCAAGACAUCGUCUUUGGUUUAUCAAAAGCGUUUCCUCAACAUUCACGAAUACCAAGCUCAAAAGAUGAUGAAGCAAUAUGGUAUCGAUUGUCCAAAGGGCAAUGUUGCAGACACACCAGAAGAAGCUGAAAAGAUCUCUGAAGUUUUAAAUGCACAAGAUUUAGUUAUAAAAGCACAAAUUUUAGCAGGAGGUAGAGGUAAAGGUAUUUUUACUAGUGGAUUAAAGGGAGGAGUACAUAUUUGCAGCGACGCAGCACAAGUUAAAAACUAUGCCAAAAAGAUGCUUGGCUACACUCUUAUCACCAAACAAACUGGUCCAGAAGGAAAGGUUGUCAAUCAAGUCUAUAUUGCAGAGCGUCACUAUCUCAGACGUGAAAUGUACUUUGCUAUUUUGAUGGAUAGAAAGACUGGUGGACCAGUCAUGAUUGGAUCACCAGAAGGUGGUAUGGAUAUCGAAACGGUUGCCAAAGAGAACCCAAAUGCCAUCUAUGUCGAAGCUAUCGACAUUAUGCAAGGUGUAAAGCCAGAACAAACUGCCCGUCUCGCCGCCAAAUUGGGUAUCUCUCCAAAAAAUAUUCCAAAGGCUCAAGAUCAAAUGCAAAAACUCUAUGAUUUUUUCAUUAAAAAUGAUUGUACUCUUGUUGAAAUUAAUCCAUUGGCUGAAACUGCUACUGGUGAAGUAAUGUGUAUGGAUGCAAAAUUAAAUUUUGAUGAUAAUGCAGCAUUUAGACAAAAGGAAAUCUUUGAAUUGAGAGAUAGAUCACAAGAAGAUCCACGUGAAGUCAAGGCAUCUGAAUAUGAUUUGAAUUAUAUCGGUUUGGAUGGUACUAUUGGAUGUUUGGUCAAUGGUGCCGGUUUGGCCAUGGCCACUAUGGAUAUCAUCAAGCACUAUGGCGGUAACCCAGCCAACUUCCUCGACGUUGGAGGAGGUGCCACCCAAAAACAAGUCACAGAGGCCAUCAAGUUGAUCUCCUCUGAUAAAAAGGUAAAGUCGAUCCUUGUCAACAUCUUUGGAGGUAUCAUGAAGUGCGACAUUAUCGCUUUGGGUAUCAUUGCCGCCGUCAAGGAAUUGUCCAUCAAGACUCCACUCGUCGUCCGUCUCCAAGGUACCAACGUCGAAUACGCCAAAAAGAUCAUGGAAGAAUCUGGAUUGCGUUUGAUCGCCGCAGACGAUCUCGAUGAAGCUGCCGAAAAGUCAGUCAGAAUUGCCGAUAUUGUUACAUUAGCUGAAAAAGCAGAUUUGGAUGUUUCAUUUAAAUUACCAAUCUAA